AUGCAUCUUCAAACAACGGUCUUUGCAGCUGCCCGAAUUCCGAUGAUCAAAUUCGUUGGCGCCCGAUUGCCGAAGCCGAAUUUUAACAGGGCCAGCCUGCCACCGCUGCAGGUCGCCGGAAGCGCUGUUUCCCCUCUUUCGGCCGCCAAGCCCACUUCAAUUGGAGCUGUUGGCAAGAUUCCACGCGGACAGGGAAUUCCCGAAGCCCAGACGCCGAAACGGUUUCUCCGACCGCUUAUUUCACAAGAAGAAUGCGAUGCGAUUAACGCCGGCGGCAGCUACGGCUUG